ACUGAACAAUGGGGCAUGAAAAAAUAGGGUAAUAAAUCCAACUUCUUCUGGCCUAUGUGGGCACUGCGCCGGGGCCAUAUAUAUAAAUGCAUAUAUGUGCUAGCUAGGGUUAGGGUUAGGCACCAAAAAAGCUAAACCUUUAAUUCUAGUACUCUCUUUCUUUCGAUGAAUAAAGUGCAUGGUCAGAAAUUUACGGCAUCUCAGAUAUCGAGGAAUUGUGGGUCGUUUCUGAAUUGGUGUUUUGAAGGAUGAAGAAACGUCGAGUGGUAGUGAAGGGAGAUUGCUCGAGCAGAAGCUCUAAUAGUACAACCUCAUCUUCGGUGGUUAGAACUGUACGGUACGUAGAGUGCCAAAAGAAUCAUGCGGCCAAUAUAGGAGGCUAUGCGGUGGAUGGAUGCCGGGAGUUCAUGGCGAACAGCAUGGAGGGCACAAAUGGUGUGUUUACAUGUGCCGCUUGUGGCUGUCAUAGGAGUUUCCACCGAAGGGAAGUGGAAACCGAGGUAGUUUGUGAGUAUUCUCCAACUAAUUGAUCCGUACGUUAGAAACGGAUGAUUCUUUUCAUCGUUGUAAAUUUUCCCCCAAUUAAUUGAUAUAUAUAUAUAAGCCCUCUUUCAAAGAGAAAUUUAAACCUUUAAUUAAUUACUGUGUUAUUGAUUAUAUGUACAUAUAUACAUAUAUGUGUGUGUAUAUAUAUAUUGAGAAACUAAGCCUUAGUUUGUUCUUUAAAGGAAUCAUGGAAAUAUUAAUCCCC